GUUGGUGCCGGCGCGGCAGCCGUCAUCAUCAUGGUACUGACGGAAAGUCGACAGUUAACGGCGACGCUGCAGACCCCACCCCCCUUUCGGUGUGGCACUUUCCCACAUGUAUGUGAAGUUUUUUUUUUUUUUUUUUCGUGCGAAUAUGGAGGCCGCCCUCACUCGCAAGAUCCCGAUGUCGGAACGAAACUCCAUCAAGUUCUUGGUCCAGCCUUGGCUCUCACCACACUACCGACCCACGCUCACCUAUCACCGACAAGACGCUGUGCCGAUGGCGAUUGGCUCUUCGUGGUUCCCAUCGCUGAUUGGAUGCGCGGUUGGUUGUCACUUUAGUUCUUGGAUGUGGUCGUGGCGUGUGGUGUGAUGAUGUCGCUGUUUUUUUGUUUGUGUAUGGGUGCGCUAAAUGUUUUCGUACUGCCUUCGUUUUUUUUGUGUGUGUGGGCUCGUCCUUCUGCCGCGGGUGGGGCCUGUUGCUGUCAGUACUUUCCAAUUUUACGUUUCUUGUUGGUGUUUGAGCAAAGUGCGUACAAUGUUUUGAGUAGAGAAUUUUUGGUAGGCACGGCACCACACACAUGACGACUAAUUGCGCCUUCCGCCUGAUUAAAAUGGGUGUCGAUGAGCGCCCCAAAUUAGCUACUGGCACGCUUUUCGGGCCGUUUUUGGGGUAGCUCUUGUUUUUUUCGGG